GCAACGUGAUUGCAGCAUCAUAGCAGCACUUCAGGUUUAUCUUCAUGUCUUGCAACCAUGGAAGAAGAAACGUCCAUCCCGGAGUUUCCAGCGGUGCUCUGCGAGCGUUUGGUGGCAUCCGGCGGAUGCAGCUCGGACGACUUCGGCGAAUGUUGGGUGUUGGACAACCUCCUCUCGUGGAACAAGCUGCUCUGGCACAUUGGAGUCCAACUCCUCGAAAAGGAACCAGGGCAACUGGUACUGGAGUCCUACCGAAUUGUGCAGGGAGAGAACAGUUGCGUGUCCUUUGCCCUGAAGAUGGCCUGCCUCCUCUUGAAGAGGCAUUGCUGCGUGAGGCGUUUCAGCUUCGAAGCCGUCGCGUUGUGCAUCCUGGAACCCCUGCUGAGGGUCCUGUCGCAGAGAGCGUACGUGCAAGGACUGGUACUGGGCAACGUGUCCUUAGAGCCAUCUAGGUCGUUUGGCCUGGAGAAGAGUAUAAUUCAGCUGAUUCAGGAAGUGGUGGAAGCGUCAAAGAACUUGGACCAUUUUGAGAUUGACCUCCAGGACACAACAGACAGCUGUGUGUCUGCUCUGGGAGAGAUACUGGCUAAGAAGGGCUCCUUGAGGAAACUUUGUUUCAAUGGCUGUUGCGAGGCGCUGUUAUCUUCCUAUCUGCGAACGCUGCGCAGAAUGAUUGUGAAGAAGGUCCUCCGCGAGUUUAACGUCGAGUACCUCACCUUGGGUGGCUGUAAUUCGGCGCAGGCCAAACAUUUGUACGUCCUCUUAAGCUCGAACGAAAGUAUCGUUUCCUUGGACUUGACGGGCCACUAUCUCACUGACGACACUGUCAAUGUGGAGUGGAACAGUAAUCAUUGCUUGAGAGACGAAGGGGUCUUGAGGGUGGCAACUGCCUUGAAGUGCAACGGGACUGUUCAGUCGCUCAAGCUUGAAGACUGCGGGUUUGGAAGGAGAGGGGCGAGGGCGCUUGCGGAUAUGCUCUCCACAAAUCAAACUCUGCAGCACCUGGACAUCACCUACAACCGAAUGGACAACGCCAGUUGCAGAGAGUUGGCCGCAGCCAUCCGCUCAUCGACGACCCUGAAGGAGCUGCGGGUGGAAGGUACGGGGUACAGCUCUGCUGGCGUGCAGUACAUUUUGGCAGGCCUGAAGGAAAACACGUCCGGCCUCGUGGUGGACUUUGGCGACAUAUCGCAGAACACCUUCUCCGACGUCACGAUGGCCACUGAGGUCUUGACGUCUGCCCCAGAGAGGUCGCUGUUCACGUGGACCGAGAGGUGCAUUGCAAAGCUGCGUCACCUUCUGUAUCACCAGAAACAAGUCAGGAGCAUCCAUUUCGAUUGCGACGAUGAGAACAAGGAUGCUUUUAGGUUCCUGUGUUGCUACUUGCAGAGGGCCAAAGCUCAUGUGGAACUGUUGACGGUCUGGUUCUCCUCCUGGGACGACGACACGUGCGAGUUGCUGUCGGAGUGCCUCUUGAAGAACACUCGUCUCAGGAGCCUGUGGGUGUACAGUCCCGAAAUGGAACAGUGCAACUUUGCUGCAAUCUGCGAUGCCCUCAAGGGGAACGAAACCCUCGCUGAACUGUGCAUCCACAACAACGGCGUUCUGGACGAACGGCACGAUGGAGCCAGGUGCUUUGCUGGGGUCCUCAGCAAGAACAAGACCCUGCAGACGUUUGAGCUGAGCGUCCCGUUUGACGAGGACGACCUGGAGCAGUUCUUUGAGUCCAUGAAGAACAACUAUGCCGUGACGCGCUUUGUGUGCCGUGGCAGUGCUCCUCUGGCCAUGAAGAAGGUGGAGCAGCUGGUAAAGAGAAACUGCGUCCUGCAGGAACAAGCCGUCCACUUUGUCCUCCAGGGGAACACGCCGUGCAAGAGGCACUGGGCCAGUGCGUUCCAGCUGACGUACGACACGGGCACGCUGGAGAGGUGCCUCGUCGACAGGUUGAAGAAGACCCCGCAGGAGGUCAGGUGCCUGUUGAGGGUCAAGAUGUUCUUUCUGCACGCAAACUAUUUUAAGAUAACGCGCGUGGUGAAGGACUCGAUUGUGUGCCGCAGGGUCGCAGGAAGCACGGUGCAGUUGGACAUGCUGGGCACGGCUUGCCUGGUCCACAUCGCCUCGUUUCUCAACGUGCUGGACGUCAGGUGGUGAAGGGCGCUGUGCGCGCUAGAUUUUUUUAUCUGUGAUACAUAUCAGCUGUGAUAAGAAUGAGAAAGGCAGUUCUUCUGUGUUUGAAAAACAUUACUUUCUUUUUUUGUGUGUAGUUUAUUUUUAUUGUUGUUGUCUUCGACGAAGUUUAAACUUCAUUUUAUAAAUGUCGACAAAGAGAUGUCAGUAUUCGUGGAAUAAUACCGUAAGUGCUGACGCGUCACAUGCUGAUGGAGAUGAAUGGGAGCUCAUGCGCGCUACACACUUCCCAUGUACCACCUUUUGCACGUCUCGUAAUCCAGAGUAAGGGAAUAGCCUUGCUAUUAUCGGUUAUUUACAUCAGUGUGAGAGAACGGAUCCAAGCUUCGCAUUAUACAUGCAUCGAUGAUUGCAGUGUAUUAGUUUUUGGGUGUACUAGUCUGGUAACGUACUCAUACAUGCCCCAAGCAGAAAACUCUCAAAGUUUUUUUUUGCAGAUACAGUACAAAAUACCUUUUUUAUUAUUGCAUGCAUAUAAUCAGAUUUUCAUUUUUUAACGCUAGAGUUCAGCCACAGUAUUCUACUGAGCGAAUGUCACAUUUGUUUAACAUUUGUACCGCUUUGUAGAAAUGAACGUUAUUGCUGCUUCAUUUUUAUUGGGGUUGAACUCUGCGAUGAUCGUGAUAUUUACCCUCUCUGUGCCAUUUAGUUACUGGUUCCUAUGACAACUGACAGCAGCAGCCUUAUGUUUGUGUGGCAUGCAGAUAGCCCUGUUAAUUUCUCCAGUCUCGAUCUGGUCAUGGUGUGUAAAUCCUGAUCUCACUGUCCAUUAACCAGAAGGAGAGCGAUUUUUGAUAAUAAUAAUUCGUUGUUCCGAAGGUUUCAGGAAUAAAGCUGUACGAACUAGC